AUGCAGCGCCUCGUGUGCAUCACUGCCUUGCUCGCGGCCGGCGCCCACGCGGCGUCCCAGCCCGCGUGGCAUGUGUGCCACCGCCAGCACGACGCAUGCGCCACCAAGAACUGGGUCUGCUGCGUCGGCCCUGACGACACUACGAGCGGCAAGACCACGUGCCGCCCGACGUGCGAGACGACGCCGCCCCGCAUGAAGCUCACGGAAGACUGCGACGACGACGGCGACGACGACGACGACGAUGAUCACGACGACGACGGAGAUGAUCACGACGACGACGGAGAUGAUCACGACGACGAUGGCGAUGAUGGCGACGAUUCGGGGUCGGGCCGUCCGAUGAGCCUUCCGAUGAGCCGUCCGAUGAGCCCCAGUGACGAGCCUUCCGACAAGCCCAGUGACGAGCCUUCGACGAGCCCAGUGACGAGCCUUCUGUCGAACCCCAGCUCCGCCUACCCGACCGACGAGCCCUCCGACAAACCUUCGGACGCGCCCAGUGACUACCCGUCCGAAGAUCCCGUCUACCCGACCGAAGACCCCAGUCCGUCGCCGUCGCCCUCCAACAAGCCGACGCUCGGACCUCGUCCCGUCACCGGCGACCUCAAGACGCAGAUCAUCUACCAGACGUCGGUCAUUCGCGCUGCCCACGGCCUCGGCCCCGUCACCUGGAACGACGAGCUCGGCGUCAAGAUGCAGGCCUGGGCCGACUCCAACCCGCAGCAGAACGGCGGUGGCCACGGCGGCCCGCCCGGCAACCAGAACCUCGCCAGCUUCAUCGUCUGCAAGAGCGACUGCAUGACCAGCGCCGGUCCUGCUUGGAGCUGGUACUCGGGCGAAGAGAAGCUCUGGGACUACAACUCGAACAAGAGCAAGGACGGCAACUGGAUGACGACCGGUCAUUUCUCCAACUCGAUGGACCCGGGCGUCAACGAGAUUGCUUGCGGCUACUCGACGUUUUACAACCCAACGAUCGAGGCCGACGACUCGCUCGUGUGGUGCAACUACCUCGGUGGCAACGACAAGCCGAUUCCGCGACCGCUCGUCGACCAAGAGGCGCUCAUGAAGAAGCUUGUGUCGGCUUAUUGA